AACUUUGACAACUCUGCCAGACCUGUAUUAGACGCGUUAGCAGACGAUUGUUGUGUAAUGACAGCAUGAAGCCAUUAUUUUGAAAACAAAAAGUUAAAACGCCGAUAACGUUGCGAGUUUCUUGCAGAAUUUGGAACGAGUAUCAUUUCUUUUAAUGCUUAAAUUUUGGUCAGUGUUUGGAAUAAGUUGUAUUUGUUUUAUUGUCAAAUAACAAAAAGGACGAACAGUAUGAAUGAACGAUCAGAAAAUCCGGUGAAAGGCAUUCAGUCAAAUCCUGAUGCAGAGAAACAAGGUGUGAACACAUCUUUGAAAAUGGGGGUUGUUUCUACUGAUUUAGAAAGUGACAGUUCAACAUCAGCAAGUACAAGUUGUGUACAACACCGUUUUUCUACUGACAGUAGGCCUACUUAUAGAGGAAGAGGACCUUUUGGAAAUCCUGGUCCAAUCCCCAACAGGUGGGAAAAUUAUCCCAGUAUUGGAGAACCGAUAGAAGGAUUACCCAUCUUAGCUUGUAGAGUUCCUUUAAACGAGCACUUGCUUCAUUUUAACAAUGUUGAUCUUGAGCAAUGGUUCACCCCCAAAAAUUUAAUGGAAAAGGUACCAACCGUUGGUUGUAUUAUUGAUCUUACUGCAACAACAAGGUAUUACAAUCCAAAAGUGUUCACUGAUUCCCAAGUCCAACAUGCAAAGAUUCAUUGCAUAGGGCAUGAAAUUCCAGAUGACAUUACAAUCCAAAGAUUUUUUUCAGUAAUGGAUAAUUUUCUUCAUGACCCUAUGUCACGUGGGAAAGUAGUAGUUGUGCAUUGCACUCACGGCCUUAACAGAACUGGGUAUUUGGUGGUAAGGUACCUAGUUGUGCGAAGAGGUUAUCAACCAGCGGAUGCGAUAUCAGCUUUUAACAAAGCUCGGGGUUACCCUAUGGAAAGGGAAAACUAUAUUGAGAAUCUAAAUCAAAUGAUUCAAGAAGUUUGUCCUAAUCCAGUCCCACUGUUUCAGGAAAGAGAUGAUAAAGUCGAAGUCAACCAUCAGUGUGAAUCAACAGAUUCAACAUAUCGACCAGUAUAUAACCAACAAAGCCGUAACUAUUACGGUGGAAGACCUUGGUACGAGAAUAACUAUCGUGGCAACCAUUACCGUGACCGACCUUAUGCCGACAGGAGAGAUCGCCAAGACCGUCCUAUUUCAGACGAACUGCCAUCAAAUGAUAUACGGAAUCACCGCCCGGACAGCCGUUAUCGCCACCAGCCUGCAAGGGAGAGAAAUAGUGCAGAGAGUCGAAAUUAUAGAGAACGCGAGAAUGGAUCAUUGAAUACAGAUAACCGACUCCAACGUGAUGAUUAUCCGCGCCGAGUCAGCAAUGAAGAUCCCAGAAACCAAUCUCCGGCGUUCUAACAGUGGUAUUCAUUCAGUGGUCAUAAUUACAUUAUUUUUAGUUCGUGGUAUAUCACUCCAUUCAAUGAAGAUUUUUUAAUUUUUUAUUUUAAGCAUUUAAGAAUUCAUUAUUGAAGUUCGUAUCUAACACUCGUAUCCAUACUAGACAACUAGUGUGGACGAUUUUCGACCAAUUACUUGAAUAUUUGAAGCUUUGAACGAGAAUUAUAAUGAAUACACACUUUCAUCAACAAUAUUCAAAUUACCGACAUAACUUAGAAUACUUACUGCGUUCUUAAUUCUAAAGAAAACUCAAGUAUUUAUGUAUUACGCUUAGGAAGCCUUCCUCAUGUUAAAAGGCGUUUAAUACGCGAUGUAAUGGCGAAGGCUGCGGAAACUAACAUACCGUGUUCUCUACUUCCCACAAACCUAUAAAUAUUAUAAACGUCAAUAGAAGUUACAGCAUUAUUCAAAAGAUGAUUAGAUGAAUGGCGUCUUUGGUAACAUUACCCUACCUACAACUGAUAACUAUUAAUGUUUCAUCUUUGUUUUUUUGAUCGAAAUUAUGGGAGUGAUUUCAACAUAGGUUGGAUAGAAUUUUUGUAGUGUGUGUGUAGACAUAAACAUCUAGUCAGUAGUAAUCAGAGUAAUGUGAUUGUGAGCCGCCGGGAGCCUGUUACUAAUCAACACGAGGUCGCUGGACACUCGCAAUUAAAAGAAACUACGCAAUCUUCAUUUAAAUUAAAUUUAGAUAACUUUACACCUGCAGACCAACCGGCCGGCCAGUUUGCAUGUCCUUCACGCUUGAAGGUCGCGGUGAACAUUACGUGUAAAACUGUCAAUGCGGUGGUGUAGAGGUUGGGUGAGAAAGGAGAAAGAAAAGACCAGAGAUAUCAGUCGAGUGAGCAUCUCCGACACGGCAACAACUGCUGUGCCCUAUCUGUCACCAUCUGCCUUCUUCACCGUAUUGCCAGUUCGCAUCCAUGAUUAAUAAGGAGUCGUAUGCAGUUGGGUGUUGUAUCGUUGAUUGGUGGGUCGACCACUGGUGUAACGAUGUCUCCUGAGUAUGGCGGAUACCAGACCACAACGCCGCCGCAUUACUACCCAAAGGCAACUUACGCAACGACCAGUUCCUGCACCGAGGUCUUCAAGUACUACACCACUAUAGCACCGGAGUUUUAUACCACAACUUACGCUGCCACGAGCCACUACACUGAUGUCCUGAAGUAUUACUCUGCCCCGAGUUACUACAGCACCGAGGCGACGGAGCAGGACUACGCAUGCUGCCCCAUCCUACUACACCGAGGCUCCCAACUGCUACACCGAGGUUCCCGCUGAUUACUCCACCAAAACGAUCGAAUACUACACCGAAGCGGUAAAGUACUACUCUGCCCCGAUCUACACAACCACAACUCAGGCGGCCAAGUAUUACGCAGUCCCGAUUUACUACACAGAAGCUGCUCUUUCGUACUACGUUGAACAGAAGUACUACACUGAUUCUCCAGUUCACUACACCACUACCUACGCUACACCGCAGCCUCCAAUUACUACACCGAAAAAGCCGCCUAUUACCCAACGACGUAUGCUGCCUUAGUUACUACACCGAGGCUCCCAAGUACUACAUCACUAAGGCAUCGGAAUUCUAAACGUCUAUGUAUGCUGCCCCUGCCUAUUACACCGAGGCCCCGCAUUACAACAGCAGUGAAGCGCUCAAGUACUACACUACAACCUAGGCUGCCCCGAGCUACUACACCUACGUCCCGAAGUAUUACUGUGCGUAAACGGAGUCGUCAAAAAUAAAAGAAGUCGUGCCCGAACUGCAGUGCCCUAUCUGUCACCAACUGCAUUCCUCAUCGUGUAAGCGAUUCGCAAUUAUGGUUAAUAAGGCGUCGUAUGCUGUUGGGUGUUGUAUCGUUGAUGGCUGGGUCGACCGCUGGUGUAACGAUGUCUCCUUGGUAUGGCGGAAACCAAACCGCAACGCCGCCGCCUUACUACACAACAACAACUUACCCAACGACCAGUUCUGCAACCGAGGUCUUCAAAUACUACACCACUAAAGCACCGGAGUUUAAUAGCACAACUUACGAUGCCCCGAGCCACUACACUGACGCCCUGAAGUAUUACUCUGCCCUGAGUUACUACACCAUAGGCGAUGGAGUACUAUACAUUACUACGUAUGCUGCUCUUCCUACUACAGCACCGAGACUUCUAACUGCUACACCGAGGCUCCCGCUGAUAACUCCACCAAAACGGUCGAGUACUACACCGAAGCGGCAAAGUACUUCUCUGCCCCGAUCUACACAACGACAACUCAGGCGGCCAAGUAUUACGCAGUCCCGACUUGCAACACAAAAGCUGCCCUUUCGUGCUACGUUGAACAGAAAUACUACACUGAUGCUCCAGUCUACUACACCACGACCUACGCUCCUAGCUACAACACCGCAGCCCCCAAGUACUACACCGAAGGCGCCGCCUAUUACACGACUACGUACGCUGCCUAGUUUACAACAUCGAGGAAUUUAAGUAUUACCCUGCUCCAAACUACUACCAAACUGAGGUUCAUAUUUAUUGCAAUUCUCCCGAUUAUGUCACCACUACUCACGCUGCUCCGA